GACAUGCCCGAGCGGCGUCGCUGACAUCAACAAUAGUCGGCGGCGGGCGGGGAGCGAUCGCGGGCGGGGAGCGGCGGGCGCAGCGGCGCCGAGUGUGUUCUCCCUCUAUGGAGGGGCUGUACUCGCUGGGGGUGAGCGUGUACUCCGACCAGGGCGGCAGGAAAUACAUGGAGGACGUGACCCAGAUCGUGGUGGAGCCCGAGCCACCGGCCGAGGCGGAGCGCGGCCCCCCGCACAAAGGUGGAGCGGCGGCCGGAGGAGGCCCGCGCCCAGCCGAUCCCCUCGCCGAGAGCGGCCGGCGAAGAGGAGGGAGCCCGCGGGCGCCAGAGGAGGGAGCGCUGCCGCCCGGCCCCGGCUCUGGCCGGCGCCCGCGUCGCUCCGUGGCCUUCUUUGCCGUGUGCGACGGCCACGGCGGGCGGGAGGCGGCCCAAUUCGCCCGGGAGAACCUGUGGGGCUUCAUCAAGAAGCAGAAGGGUUUCUGCUCGGCGGAGCCGGCCGCGGUCUGCGCGGCCCUGCGCAAGGGCUUCAUCGCUUGCCACCGGGCCAUGUGGAAGAAGCUGCCAGAGUGGCCGAAGACCAUGACAGGUCUCCCAAGCACAUCUGGAACUACUGCCAGUGUGGUCAUUAUCCGCGGGUCAAAGAUGUAUGUCGCUCACGUUGGCGAUUCCGGAGUGGUGCUGGGAGUCCAGGAUGACCCCAAAGAUGACUUUGUGAGAGCUGUGGAGGUGACGCAGGACCACAAGCCAGAACUUCCCAAGGAAAGGGAGAGGAUUGAAGGCCUUGGGGGCAGUGUGAUCAACAAGUCUGGUGUGAACCGUGUUGUAUGGAAGAGACCUCGCCUGACUCACAAUGGCCCUGUGCGCCGCAGCACUGUCAUUGACCAGAUUCCCUUCCUGGCAGUUGCCAGAGCACUUGGUGAUCUCUGGAGUUAUGACUUCUACAGUGGUGAAUUUGUUGUCUCUCCUGAACCUGACACUAGUGUGCACACAAUUGAUCCCCAGAAGCACAAAUACAUUAUCCUUGGCAGUGAUGGACUGUGGAAUAUGAUCCCACCUCAAGAUGCUAUCUCCAUGUGCCAAGAUCACGAGGAGAAAAAAUACUUCAUGGGAGAGCACCGCCAGUCGUGUGCCAAGAUGUUGGUGAACAGAGCCCUGGGCCGCUGGAGGCAGCGCAUGCUUCGUGCAGAUAACACCAGCGCCAUCGUCAUCUGCAUCUCCCCGCUGCAGGACAGCAAAAGCAACUUGGAAAAUGAAGAGGAAUUGUAUCUCAACUUGGCAGAGAGUCCCUGCUAUAGCAGCCCUGAUAUGAAUGCCAUGACACCCUCCCGCUGCUGCACUCCCCCUGUCAAGCUUUUAGAAGAUGACCCAUGGCCACGACUGAAUGCUUCUGAGCCUGUUCCUCCCCUCAUGCACAGCAACAUAAUAUCAGAAAGAUAUUUAGAGCUGCCAAACGAGAUUGCCAGAAGCAGUUCACCUUCAUCAGGAGCAGCCCUGAAGGAUUCAGGCCCGCAAGAGGAGAAAUGCAGCAAAGCCUUGGCUUUGAGGAUACAGGAAUCCUACAGCAAUGGUUUGUCAGUCAGUCUCCCUACUUCCAACCCCACAAAUUCAGGCAUGGACCAAAAAGGCUUCAAGGUGUCUUCUUCUAACGGCCAAACAAAAGCCCAAGACGCAGAGAGGACACCCACAGCGAACUUUAAAAGGACAUUGGAAGAAUCCAACUCUGGCCCAGCUCUCAAGAAGCCAAGACGUGGCCUGGGUCGAAACAUGAGCGUGCAGGCAGAAGGUAUGGCCCCAGCCCCCCCACGUAAAAGCUCCAAGCAGCUGACCAUGCGCCGCAGCCUGCGGGGCCAGAAGAAGCUCAGCAGUUCACUCUUCCACCCGCCCCGCAAAGCUCUCUGCGUCUGCUGAGGCCUCUCUGCCUAAGGAGGUGAUUUAUUUUUCUGUUGGUCUGAUUUUAGAGUUUGAAAGUUGGUGCAGAAGGUUUUUUGGAAACUUUUCCCCCCCCUGCCCUGUUUCAUCUCCCCCCCCUUUUUUUUUUUUUUUAAGUAGAACCUUGAGGUUUUUUGGUAUCCAACAGCUUUAUCCCAGCCUUGUUCUUGCUUGUAUUAUAACUGUGAAUUUUGUAGAUGUGUAGGGUAUAAGUCACUGUAAAAUGUGUGUAAAUUUGUAUUCCUUCAUAUAAAUGUAGUCUUUUCCUUGUAUAAUUGUUACAGCGAGGGGGGGAGGGGGGGGCUUAAACCUCGUUUUAACAAAAUCAAGACUCCUUUUUUUUUUCCUCUUUUCUUUUUUGGUUGUGGUUAAUUUACUAAAAUCCUGAAUUUGUAUUCUUGUGAGGAGAAUUUCACAAUGUUUUUAACUAAAGUAAAUUAUUAAACAGAAGAAUGGAAGAUAAUGUAUUUUCGUAGGGUGAUACCUUCCACCUAAAGUGUGUCUUUUAGAGAAUUACACCAGGUCUAUAUUUUACUUUUUAAACUUUAGAUUUCUCUACUCAAAAAAAAAAUCAAACAAAAGAUGAAAAAAAAAAAAACAACCUACAAGAAAAUGCACGAGGAAGCAGAGAUGUUGAGGCUUGCUUUUUUAACACAGCUCAAUGUCCAUUUCUUUAUGGUAAUUAAACUACUAUGCAGUAUCUUAUUUAGUUGUUGAUAUAUAUUUUUUGGGGGGGGUUGGGUAAUAUUGUCAAAAAAGAAGUAUUUAGCAAAAAAAAUGCAAUGUAUGUGGUUUUAAAACUCCCCAAAUCAUCCUAGGAAGCCAUUCCCUAUCCCCUGGUAUAAAUGAUGGCAUUUUUUAAACCCAGGCAUAAAGCUGGAGACGUGAAGUUUCUGCUAUUCCAAUACCAAUGGUGCUGCUAAUAUCCUUCAACAGAGGUUCUUAAAUUAUUUUAUGACUAUUUUCGUUCAGUCUGCGGACCAUGUGUAUGUUCACCUAAAUAAAACACUAAAAAAGUGA